GCGGGCGGGGCAGUCUGUGGUUGUUGCUGUGCCUGUGACUGGGUCUUUUCGCUGGACGCCGUCCAGGGAUGCUUCCGCUGGACCGCUGUGCGGGUCUUGGGCUGUGGCAGAGGCAUGGCGAAUGUGCGGGUGGCCGUGAGGGUCCGGCCUCUCAGCAAGCGGGAGAUCAAAGAAGGGGGAAGAAUUAUUGUGGAAGUUGAUGACAAAGUGACAAAAAUCAGGAAUGUAAAGGUGAGCAGUCGACCAGAGAGCUUUGGAGAUAGCCGGGAAAAGGUUGUAGCAUUUGGCUUUGAUUACUGCUAUUGGUCAGUCAACCCGGAGGACCCUCAAUACGCAUCUCAGGAAGUGGUGUUCCAGGACUUGGGGACUGAAGUACUGUCUGGAGCUGCCAAAGGCUACAACAUAUGCCUCUUUGCCUAUGGGCAGACAGGCUCUGGGAAGACAUACACUAUGCUGGGGACUCCAGCCUCUGUUGGGCUGACCCCACGGAUAUGUGAGGGUCUCUUCAUCAGGGAGGAUGACUAUGCCUCACUGCCUUCUUCCCGUAGCAUAAAAGUAAGCUUCCUGGAAAUCUAUAAUGAACAGGUAAGAGAUCUUUUGAAGCGAUCCAGUCAAAAUAAGUCCUAUAGCUUGAAGAUCAGGGAGCACCCAGAAAUGGGACCCUAUGUCCAAGGUCUAUCUCAGCAUGUUGUCACCAACUAUCAGCAAGUCAUCCAGCUCCUGGAGGAGGGGGCAGCAAACAGGAUCACAGCGGCCACCCAUGUUCACGAGGCCAGCAGCAGAUCCCAUGCCAUCUUCACUGUCCACUACACACAGGCAGUCCCCCAGAAUAACCUCCCCUCAGAGACUGUCAGCAAGAUCAACCUUGUGGACCUAGCAGGCAGUGAGAGAGCAGAUCCCAGUUACUGCAAGAAUCGGAUUACUGAAGGUGCCAAUAUCAACAAAUCCCUCGUAACUCUGGGAAUUGUCAUCUCCACUUUAGCCCAGAACUCCCAAGUGUUCAGCAGCUGUCAGAGCCUCAGUAGUGCAACCAGCAGUGGAGGUGACAGUGGGAUUCCUGGCACUACAUCUGGGACCAGCAGUGGAGGGGGACCUGUAAGGAGGCAGUCUUACAUCCCGUAUCGGGACUCUGUGCUGACCUGGCUGCUGAAGGAGAGCCUGGGAGGCAACUCUAAAACCAUCAUGGUUGCCACUGUGUCCCCUGCACAUACCAGCUACCGUGAGACCAUGAGUACACUGAGAUAUGCAUCCAAUGCCAAAAGCAUCAUCAACAAGCCACAGGUGAAUGAGGAUGCAAAUGUGAAGCUCAUCCGAGAACUCAGGGAGGAGAUUGAGAGGCUGAAAGCCAUGCUCCUGAGAUUUGAACUGGGAAACUUCAGCUCAUUACAUGAUGAACUAGAUAAGAAGAAGCUAAUCCUCCAGAAUGCUUUGCAGAUAGACCAGCUGACUCAAGACUGGACUCGGAAGUGGAAUGACUGGUGGACACUCACGGAGCAUUAUGGUGUGGACAUCAACAGGAGGAGGGCUGGAGUGGUCAUCGACUCCAGCCUGCCACAUCUGAUGGCUUUGGAAGAUGAUGUGCUCAGCACAAGUGUCGUAAUUUAUCACCUCAAGGAAGGGACAACAAAAAUAGGAAGAAUUGAUUCAGACCAGGAACAGGACAUCGUCCUUCAGGGCCAGUGGAUUGAGAGGGACCACUGCACGAUCACUAGCACUUGUGGAGUGGUCAUUCUCCGGCCUACCCAAGGGGCACGCUGUGCAGUCAAUGGCCGAGAGGUCACUGCUUCCUGCCGUCUCACACAAGGAGCUGUCAUAAUACUGGGGAAAGCACAGAAAUUCCGAUUUAACCACCCAGCUGAGGCUGCUUUACUGAGGCACCACAGGCUUCAGGUUGGAGAGGCUCUUGGCAGCAGUGGCUCUUUGGAGUGGCUGAACUUGGAUGGAGAUGUCACUGCCUCAAGACUGGGUCUCUGUCCUGUGCUUUGGAAGGAGAGGAAAGUGCUACAAGAGGAGAGUGAAAAGAACCAGCAGACAUCAAGAAAUGGCAAGAUAUCCCACAGAGCCCAGACUGAGCAACAGCAGUGCUAUGUGGAGGAUCUGAGACAGCAAGACAUAGGUCAGAGUAGAGUUCAGAAGGAACCAGAAUGGGACAAGACACAUAACAGCCAGAAGAUAAAAGACAACCAGCAGUGGCGUCUCAGAGGAGAGACCUGGCUAGCCACCUUACAGGAGAUACAGCAAGAAGACAACAGUGGAGAAGAGAAAGAACUUGAGGCCUUAGUGGCACCUGAUGUUUGUCUUCCAACAGUUCCUCAGAUUCUACCAUCCACACUGGUUCAAAGCCAGAAGAGGGUGGUACAGCUACAGUGCUUGGGGAGACGCACUUCUUGGGCUACAGUGUGGAACAUCAGGCAGAAAAAGGUUUCAUUCCAGCUGGAGAGAAUUAUUAAGAAGCGGAGGCUACUAGAGACCCAAAGGAGACUGGAACAGCUCAGGGCAUUCUACUGGCUCCAGGAUGAUGGUGCCUCCAAGGCUCCAAGUUGUGUCUGCAGCUCUAACACCUCAGGACCAGGUUCUCAGAGUAGAAGCAAAUGGACAACUUGCAGCUCUCUGAGCCUCCAAAGGCUCUGCAGCCAACGCUUGUCCCAGCCUCACAGUGCUUUCAUGAACUGGAAUCCUUCCACCAUAUCACCACCUGUGCCUGACCUGACUCACCAAAUACCAGAGAAAACCCUAUCAGCAGAUUCCAUCCCCCAAGUUACUGCUUACCCUCCAAGGAUAGGGUGCCUGGGCAGGAACAGCCUCCAUCUAUCAGGCUGGAGAAAGCUCUAUCCAACCAGGGGAGCCUCAACCAGAAGGGGAGUCUCCUGUCUCACUGUGAGUCACGAGUCUGUCAACAUCCAGGAAACUGAGACAUUGGGCAAGCAUCCCUGUCAGAUGUCCUCCCAGGGCUUAGUGACUAAGAAGCUAAAGCCAAGAGAUGGUUCAAGGACCACUGCUACACAGGCUAGAAGGGCUAAGGGACUAGUAGUCUCUGUCAACACACAAAUUGGAUGGCAAGAAGAAGGGAGCUGUGAGACCUACAAGCCUCCUAAGGAAACCACUUCCCACUCUACUUAUCUCAGUGAAUCUGAGCAAGCAGCUGGGCAUGGGAAAGUAGUCAAGACUUUUCAGGCAGAAUCCAAACCAUCUCCUCCAAUUAGGACAUCAAAAAAACACCAGAUGGUGCUGCCAGCUAGGGGCAGAGACGUUGCUAAAAAGUUCUCUCAUUUGCCUCAUGGUAGUCCUUUAAAAAGACAACCUAGUACAGGGAAUCCAGACACUCUGGCCUCCUUCACAGAUUCCAGACCUAUGAUAGAUUGUGUAAGAGAAAAGGACAAUGAUUUAUCUGACACUGAUAGCAGUUACUCAGUGGAUUCUCUCUCUUACGUCUAUGCUAAAGUCCCAAAGGAGCUGCAGAAGCCAGAAGACCUUCAGGAAAAAUGGAAUCUUCCAGAUCAAGAAAGCUCUGAAAGUGACAACAGUCAAAUAUCUGAGGAUUCACUUGCCGAGAAAGGGUACCAAAGCCCCCCAGAAAACUCAGGGGGUGAAUAUUCCUCCGUGGACCAUGGGCAGUCAAGGGCCAGAAUUUCAUUCUCUAUAAGACACCUCCCCAAGCCCUCUGACAGUAGCUUAUGUGCUCUAGCACAUAGGAGCUUUUCCUUGGACAGCCUGAUUGAUGCUGAGGAACUGGAAGAAGACAGGCAGGAGGAGCCUUUCCUUGGUUCUGCUGAUGAGAUGCCUACAGAGACUUUUUGGCACCUGGAGAAGGCCACCCUAGCUGCAGUAGACCAGGAGGCAACAUGCAGGCCUAGCCCUGUCAACCACAGAACAGGAGUCAGGCCAAAUGCCUUCCAGCCAAAGAGAAAUUCAUUUUACCUUGAUCCUCAUUUCCAGCCCCACUGUGAGCAGCCUGAGUCAGAAAUGGCGGCAAACUAUUCCGAACAAGCCAACUUUCUCCAAGGCAUGCAGCUUGCAAGAGAGAGCCCCCUGGUAUCUGUGGAUUCAUGGUUUUCUUGUGACUCUAAGGUCAAUCUCAGCAGCCCCUCAGCAACUGUACAGUCUUUAUGUCCAAGUCCUGAUGUACAUGAAAUUCAGCCCUAUAAUGAGAUGCCUAGACACUGGCUAAACAUCGAAGAAGUAACACCACCAAGUACAGUCCUGCCACAUAGCUGCAAACUGCUCCAAGGCAGUGCUGAGCAGCCACCCUGCAGUUCAGAUUUGUACACAACCUCUACUUCUGAUACAUUCAAGCCUUCAGUUUGUGGAAGUCAAAGGCUCCUUCAGCCAGUUGAUUGUGUCUUUCAGGGCAAAGAAAUUUCUGACAUGAUCUACCAGGGCAUUUCUGAAGAGUCACACAAUUCUGACAUGUCAAGUGUGCUGGCUCCCUCUGCCACCUCAUUGACUCAUGUAGGCACUAUUCGUGAGAAGGACUGGGCUGCUCUUCAGCAAAAAUAUCUCCUUGAACUCUCUAAUUCUGUUUUGGAUGCUGUGAGAGAACCCAGGCCAGCUUUCUCCUUCCUGGAGGAAGACUCUAGCUCCCUGGCUGAAGCUUCUGAAAAAGUAGAUACUCACUUGCCAGUUGGCUCUGGGAUAUCUAAAAAUUUAGAUUUCAGCUACUUUCCAGUCCACCUGUCAAAAAUCAGGCACUUAAGAGCUGAGAAAGACCAUGAUAGUUUGAGUGCCAACUUAGAAAGUGCUUCUGAUCUCUUGAGUACUGUCGAGAAGGUGAGUAAUAAUGGGGCAUACUCCACAGACCUAGAAUCACUGACUUCUGGAUCUAUCAAUGCACAGAGCUGUACAACAGGAAACAAGAUACCAAAUUAUGUGACAGAAGCAUGGGACGUCAAACAGGCCAGCUUGGAAGGGUUCCUUCAGGGUAGCAAGAACCCUGGGCUGACAACUUCCUCUGGGCAGUGUUUCUUCCAGAAGAAGGCUUAUCACAAUCAUGAUACAUUAGCCACCAAAGCAGACCAGUGGCCCCAAGAUGGGGCUCUUCUCAGGAAAAACACUGCUGUCCCUCCAAGAGUGUUAAGUCACCACAGCCACCCACACCCACUGCUGGAAGAGAAGCCAGAUUCUCAGCAGCAAGCCAAGGAAACAGCUGGAGCACAUACAGACACUUCUUGCACUCCCCCUUCAGGUCCAGAGCUGUUCCUGCACUCUGCUCCCUGGAGUCCUUUCCCAUCUUCUCUGCAGCCUCCUCCCUUGGAAACAUUCUAUGUAACCAAAAGCAGGGAUGCCCUGACAGAAACUGCCUUAGAGAUUCCAGCCUGCAGGGAAGCCUGGGUACCAUCCCCACCCCCCAGGGAAGCCUGGGGCUUUGGUCAUAGCUAUCAAGUCCUCCAGAAAACUUACUGGAAGAAUAAUUUACCCAAGUUGUCACGUAGCCAGAAUUCCAAGAUUGACUCAUAUCAGCAGGUGACAACAAAGAGGCCAACUAAUCUGAACACAGAAGUUGUUACUGAAGAACUGGAGAAAUGCUCUAGCAAUAUUAGUGAGGAAGGAAACCUCGAUUCUGCUUACUGUUUUGUUUCUCAUAAUAGACAUCAUCUCCCUUCUACCAGCCUUAAAGUUUGUGAAUGUGGAAAUCAACUUGGAAUUUUAAAUAAAAAGUACAGCCUCUCGGUCCACAAGGAAGGAGAAGGGGCCUCUGCAUGGCAUCACUGCAGUGUUGCCUUUGAUGGCACUGAGUCAAAGACUUUGCUUUUCAUUUGUGAUUCCAAGGCAGGAGGGGAAGAACAGAGCCCACUCCCACCACAGGUGCAGGCCUGUGGUGUGCACAGCCAGUCUUCUGGAACCAGGUCUGAUUUCAUUGGUAAAAUCACCAGUUUAGACCUGAAGAAGGUAAUACCAGAGGAAACGGCUGUUUCUUUGGAAUCCAGAUCACUCCACUGUCGAGUAUGCAGCCCUGUGAUCAUGGCAGGAGGUGGGAAUCCAACUCACAAGUGGGAAGAGAGAAAUGAAACUGUGCUUCUCAGGGAAGUGAUUUCCAAAGACAUCCAAGAAGAGUCCAGUCUUUCAGGAACCCAGUAUACCUGUGAAAGAUGCCAUCUGGUUAUGUGUUCUCAGGAAAGAAAGCCUCUUGUAUGCAAGGCCCAUGGGCAGUCACAAGAAAUAAAGUCCAAAGAAGAACCUUUGGGAGAGAAACAGAGCAAGAGAGUUAACAAUGCUGAUGAAAUGGCUAGGCUGAUGAGAAGUGUAAUGCAGCUGGAAACUGGCAUCUUAGAAAUCGAAUCCAAGCAUAACAAGCAGCUUCAUGCUUCCCAAACACCAAGUACAGAGUUUAUGCUCCAAGCCCUACAGGACCAGGAGAGGGCUGACCAUGUCCUGAUUCCAGAAAGUUCUGGAAAACAUUUAUUCUUUAAUAAUCAGCCAUCUUUUCCAAUACAGAUAGAGGAUGGUAUCUUUGGAGACAGGGAAGGUAAGGAAAUGGAGGGUAACAAUGCUGCCAGUAAUAAUGCUCAGGCUCAGAAAAUCGUAGGAAGCCCCUUCAGAUUAGGGGGAUAUGCACAAAAGAAACAGUCUGAGAGUGAACACUCACACCCACCACCUGGAGUAGAGGGACUUGCCAAGAAUACGUGUGAUUCUUUGGGGAAGAGCAUAACUCUUAGAGAGCCUAGCAACAUUUCCCUUCACUCAAGGAGAAUGGAAGUGUUAGCUAGAACUCUACCAUUGCAGCCCAGUGUAGAGAGCUCUCCUGAGCAGGAUGAUGACCAUCUAAAAGCAUCAGCAGACUUCCAAGACCAGGCUUGGACCUUGGGAAAUCUUGAGGAACCAGAGACCAUGGACAGUUUUCAAGAAAGCCAAAUUGUUGAACUCCCAAGUGAUUCAAGGUUACAGGAUACAAAAGCUCAUGGGAGAGUUGAAGAACUGGCAAUGGAAGAGAGAGGGAACCUACAAGAAGAGAAUAUGAUCUCACUGACCCAGAAACUUUCUGCUCCAAGCCAUCAGUGUAAGGGCACAUUUUCCAGCCAGGAGACUGUCUCCCCAUACCAUAACCAAACAGGCUUUUCUGCAGCUCUUCCUUAUGCAGAACGAAGUGCUACUCAACCCUUGCAUUCUCCAAGCUUGCCAAGAGGCUGUUUGUAUGCCUCCGAUACCAAAGGCAUGUCUUUAUUUGAGUACAUGUUAGAGCCUACAAUGUUGAAAAUUAAUAGAAGUUCUUUGGCAACUGGAGUAGGGCAUCAGGAUUAUAGUGGAGGGGCCAGAAGCAGUAUCCCACAGGGAAGUGUUACAGGGGAUGCUUCCACUGCACACACUGCCUGGUGUGGAUCUGUGACACCCAUGGUCAUGAGAGCUAAUGGUCAGUCUGUUACACCAGAGAGCAUAGAGGCAGAGGACUGGAUAGCAGUAAGCACUAGCCCCCAAGAACACCAGAGAGGGGACUUCAGAGUCACUUCAAUAGGUUUGGCUACCCAAGAAGUUUUGGGUUCUGAAUAUGAGGCAACUGUACAAAAAGAAAUAAAAACCAGUUCCUUGCAUGGGGUUUCAAGGCAGACUGAGAAGAGGGUUAGUUUCCUCUUACAAGAAGACAGUGACCAUGGUGAGGAGGAAAGGCAGAAGGCAGAGACGUCCGAAGACCAACAGCCUGCUAGCAGUGCUGGCUUAAUAUCUUCGUCUCUCCUGAGGGCACCUGAUCCAGAGCCUCUGCCCCUACCCGACUCCUCUAUCCACGCAUCCAUAUGUCUGGCUAUCUUGGCAGAGAUUAGACAGGCAAAAGCCCAAAGGAAGCAGCUUAAUGACUUUGCGGCUGAGGGGACAGUCCUUUCUUGUGAGACUUCACAAGAAGAGUGUUUUUCGGAGGCUUCUCGUAGGCCUGGGAAGAAAAUAGUUAAGUUAGGGUGGGACAACACCAGGACUGAGGGUGAAGCCCAAGGACUGCAUGUAGCUUCUCCAUCUGCUGUGUCUGCAGACCUGUUGGCUGCUGAGAGGAAAGCCCAAGCCACGCCUCCCAGUGCAGGGGGCUUUCAGCAUCUGCCCAAUCCUGAAACUGACAGAGGACCAGGGCAUCAUUUACUGGAUUCUCCCCAUGUCGUCACAGAUCUCAAAAAAAGACAUUGUACUGGAGAACCAAGGGGAGUGAGUGGAUGGUCUGAUUCUUCUGAAGUCAUAAAGAAAAAGAAAGGAACAUCCAGAACACUGUCCUCUGUUGAUCCUUUGGCCCCAGACAGGCUUCUUUCUACACCAGCUGUAGAGCAGGACAGGAAGGUAGGAUCAGAGAAAGUGUCUGUCUUACCUUCUCAAACUUCUUGUGAUGAUCCUGACAGGAUUAUGCAUGGGCAAAGUCAGUUAGGUGAAUGGAAAACUGCAGCGGGUAUAUCCUUUGAUAGUCAGGACUGCAUCCCAGAGUAUCAGGAACCUAGAAGUCCAGAUGGUACAUGUGGAGGAGGCUCAGGUAAAAUCUUAGUGACCACACAGGAAAGAAAAGCAGUCCAUUCUGAAUGUCAGUCUGCGAUCUGUAGUGUUGGUAAUUCUAUAGGCCUCUCAGGGUCUAAGCAAGACCAUAUCCAGUGCUUGGAUGCUUCUACUGGCUUUGAAGAAAUGAAAGCAAGUCCAAAGUCAUAUGCUGUUCAUCCAGGAGCUCCUAGAAAGGUUGAAGCAGAAGCGCAUAGGUGGCAUCCUAUCAAGCAGAAACAUGUUGACUCUGGCCUGGCAGAAGUCUGUGGGGCUGACAGCAAGACUCCAAGGUCAUUGCUAGAUCAAAGACCUAUCCUGCAUCUUUGCAGAGUUAAGGAAGACACUCCAGGUCUGUGCCCAGAAGAGUGCCUUGUCUUUGAGGGUAGCACUGGAGGCAGCAGACCACCUGGCUUAUCUUAUGAGGAGGAAGAGAACAGAACUGUUCCUUGUCCUCAACUAACUGCUUCUCAACCUACUGCUGUUCAUGCCUGCUGCUCUCAUCCCUCCACUCUGCCAUGUUAUAAAGAUGGUUUCCUUAGGAAGGAAACUCCUCGGGCUGCUCCACAUCCUGCCUACUCACAUUUCAUAGUACCAUCUAAGGCCUGUGAAAUGGACGGAACAAUAGAGAGCUUUCCCAAAGACUCUCAGGUGUUUUUGGAACAUGACCUUAAGCACAAAUGUGUUAAUGUAGAAUUUGGGCCUGUAGACAGCAGCAUUCCCAACCUAUCCACUGCAGCUGCUGUCUCCUCUCCAGCUCAAAGCUGCUAUCCUCCUUCCACCUCGGAAGUGAAGGCAAAUUGUCUCACCCAUGCAGUUGCUGGUGGAAAGUCAGUUGAAAGUUCUGAGAAAAGGACUUCAGGGAAGAAGGCUAGCAUUCAGGAUGCUUAUCCACCCAGUCCUGUAUGCUCGCACUCUGAGCCACUGAAGACUUUGAAGGAUAACUCUGUAGGGGAGAAUAUACAGGCUUUGCAAGCCAAGUCAGAACCUCCUGUGGUGAUUCAAGGACCUCAUACCCUAAAUUUAAAUGAAGGAUCUGUCGAUGGUGAGGUGGUGAUAGCAGCUCAGUAUGGACAUUUAGGAAGCAUCACCAGAUGCUGUUCAGAAAAGACACAACCUUCCACUGAGGUCAGGGGUCACAGUUGCAUGGGUUCCCAAGCCAAUUUUAUAGAUAUGUUAAAACACACCUGCCACACUCAGAUUGAGACUUCGUGGGAGGAAGAAGAGCAACAAAGAGAUCAGGCUUCAGGAGAUGGCAAAGACCAUGCCCAGGUCAGAAAUCUAGCAUCUUCAAAUGAGGGUGGCUUUGAUGGCUCUCAUACUAGAGAUAGUGAAAAAGUGGAGAUAGUUGUGACCAAGUCUCCUGUGUCCCAAACUUUAUUUUCAGACCUUGAAGACAUAGUUUCUCUGCCCUUGGGGCAAACUGAAACAUCCCAGCCUGUUGCCCAGACUCCUGACCAACUCUACUCUGGAAGGGAGCAGCUGGCUCUCCGCCACAGGCACUCACUUCCUGUGAUUGCAGUCUUCUCUGGCCCUAAACAUGCCAGGUACUCCCCUAGACCUCAUUUCUCUGUGGUCAGCUCAUCUAGAUCUCUUCAUGAAUUAAAUUUGAGUGUGGAGUCUCCUUUCCCAGCAGAUGAAGAUGCACAGGCACCAAAAAGAUUGUGGAGCCCACAUCUCAGGGGCCAUUGCUCAGAAAAGCCAAUGUCAACAUCUCCAAAGACCCAGAAUUGCAAUCCGAGAGCUCCAUGUAAUGUGAACAAUGGCCCCACUGAUCACAGGCCCCUGAAACCUGUCAUUCCUCCUUAUCCAACAUCUUCCACUGUGUCAUGUAUGCCAACCCCUGAUUUCAUGACUAAGGGGAUACCUGGUACUUUGGAGCAGGCCCAUCAAGGAAAGACAGAUAAACUGAAUGUCCAGGGUAUGCCAGAGAACUGGCACACUCAGGUGGACAAAGAAGUGCUGCCCUUUGGUUCUAGUGACACAAAUCCCUAUGUCCUGCCCUGGUGUCCACAGGAACCUGUGCAUAUUGGCUGGAAGCAAUACGUGUUUGGAAGCGUAGUUGAUGUCUCUUGUAGCCAGAAACCCCAAAGCUUAAUACCAUCGGAUAUGGCUCAGUGCUCUAGUACAAACAGUGCCCUAGAUGGCAAGAAAUCCCCAUUUCACUCCCAUCUCAGUACUUACACACAAAGUCAGGACCUGUCAAACAUGUGCAACAGUAUUGAGAAUGACCAAAGUUCAAACGAAGGCUGGAAAAUACAGAGUUCCUCACUUGCUGUGGAGAAGCCCCAUAUGUUGAUUGGCUCUGAAGGAGUUGCCCCAACUUUGGAUCCUGACAAGAGACCCCCAUUCAGGGGCUCUUCUGAGGAAAUAGGCUGUCUGAGGAGUGAGCUGUCUCUGGCUGGAGGGAGUGCCACAGCUCCAGUAGAUGAGAUUGUACUGCUCUGCCCAUCUGAGACAGCCUGUGCUUUGAGGAAGACCAGGAUGAAUUGCUUUGAGCAGGGAACACAGACUCUGGGCAGCAGGCUCCACUGGAGUUGCACUGAUAUAUCUGCUCAGCCUGGUGCCAGGACAAUGUCAGACUCUGAAUUGGCCUCUUGGACCAGCAUGCACAACCUUUCUCUCCACCUCUCACAGCUUCUGCACAGCACUUCUGAGCUGCUUGGGAGUCUCUCACAGCCAAGUGUGGUCCCAAAGGAGCAGAGCAUUAAGAGCAACUCCCCAGAUGAGGCCCCGCAGGCCUUCAUGAUGGAUGGUUCUACUCAGACCACAGUGGAUGAGGGCAUCCAGACGGACCUGGCCUUACCUCCUUUGUCCUUCCAGUCCCCAGAGGUCAAGCCUCAGGAAGUCAAUGUGAUCCUUGAAGUGAUGGACUCAGGUAUCACCAUGUUUCAAGAAAAGGAAGAUGUCCCAGGAAUGUUUCACAAGAGAGGGGCAGAGGAGGCAGCAGAGCCCCAAGAUCUCCAUGAAGGAAGCACCCGAUAUAAACUGCAGAGCCCUCCCAUGUCCUCACCAUGCUUGAGGUCUCAGAACCUUACUUUUGUGAGCCCCCCAGCUUCUACUGAUGGUUCCCCACCUCCCAGCCUGCAGCCAGAGGAAUCUUCCAUGGUGGUCAACAGUCCCAGCAUCCCCCACCACUCAGGACUCUUCCUUGGUGCUCCAGAGCUCACCCAGGAGCCUGAUACCCAGAAGCCAGGACCCCUGAGUGCUCAGCUGGUGGACAGGGCUUCCUCUCCAAUCCUUACAUUUAGUGCCAGCACCCAGGAAUUGAGCAACACCUUAGCCUGUUUGACUCUAUUGGUUCCUUCAGCUCAUUCUCUCACAGAUGUCCAGGAGAUUGCCAUCAGUCCUGACCUUGCUGUUGGUAGCCCAAGAUCAUUAAUGGAUAAUUCUCAAGCCACUAAUGAGUUAAGUGUCUCCCAGAGAGCUGGGUCUCUGGAAAGAGAAGACAAAAGUUCCUUAGGAAAGAGUUCUGAGGGUUUAGUUCUUGAUUUUAGCUCUCCAUGCAGCCCUCAGCAGAGCUCCAGUCUCCAAGUUAGUUUCUUAGGGCAGGCCCCUCAGCAGCUUCACCCCAUGAUCACCACUGGAGACCAAAGCACACUGCCAUCUCCUCCACCAAGGCACAGGAGCCUGAAGCUAGAUGACAGCUUUGUGCCGGAGAAGGUGGCUUCCAUAGAUCAUGGUCCACAGAGCAGUAGGAGGCCAAGUCAGUGGCAGGGCAGGGCAGCAAAUGAGGAUGAAAGUUCAGGGUUUAUGGUGGAGCCACAGCCCAGUCUGGAUCUAUCAUGGAGAGGUCUUCCACCCCUUAGCCCUUGUCCUAUCUCUGAUACUACAGGCCUUCAAAGUCCUGCUGUAGAGCCAGUUCAGGCCUGCCAAUCUGUGGGGCUGCUCUGCCCUGGUUCACAUGUGUGUGUGGCCCCUGGUCUCCAGCAUCACAGCCUGAGGGACCUCCCAGUUCAUAACAAAUUUGAUAACUGGUAUGGAGUUCAGGAUGGAUCUUGUGGAGGGCUGCAUUUCAGUGAGAAUCUAGGGGUUGGGUGUGACUCCAUUUCUGGAGACCAAACACAAAGGCCCCUGCAACCUUUUGACAACUACAACCAGGAUCCUGAGUGGCCCCGGUUGGAGCAUGUCCCUUUGCAAGUAGGGGUCCAGAAACCCUCACUCAGUGUGGAACUCACAGAAGCAAAAUUACACCGUGGCUUCGGGGAGACAGAUGCCCUGCUGAAGGUUCUGCAGAAUGGGACAGGAGAGGUGUUUGCUCCUCAAGAACCUGCUAUGUCCUCUUCAGGGGAGCUCUACACCAGGCAGAAAAAGACUAUAGAGACCCUCAGGAGAGAGAGGGCUGAACGACUUCAUAACUUUCGUCGAACACGAAGCCUCAGUCCCCAGAAACAAUUCAGCUUCCUGCCUAGCAAGGAUCGCCCCACCUGGGAACUUGACUUGCCUAGCAGACGCCGAGAAUACCUGCAGCAGCUGAGGAAGGAUGUCGUAGAGACCACGAGGAUCCCAGAACCAGCACUGAGAUCAGCCCACCCACCCUCUGACAUUGAGCUGAUGCUUCGAGACUAUCAUCAGGCCCGUGAGGAGGCCAAGGUGGAGAUUGCCCAGGCUCGGGAUCGGCUCAGGCAAAGGACUGAACAAGAAAAGCUGAGAAUCCGCCAGCAGAUCAUCUCCCAGCUGCUGAAGGAAGAGGAGAAACUACAAAGUCUAGCCAACUCCAGUUCCCUGUGCACCAGCUCCAAUGGAAGCCUGACUUCUGGCAUCACAUCCCUAGAGCUUAAGGAGGACUCUCGAGUACCAGAUUUCCGAGACACUUGGAUAGGAGACUGGCGGGGCCGUUCCACAGUGAGGAACAGUCAGCUGUAUCUGACCAGGUCUUCCUGGAAGAGCUUAGCCCACAGCUGCAGAGCCUCCCUGGGCAGUGGCUGCUGCUCUCCUUUCAGCCUAUCCAGUUUAGGGACCUGCUUCUCCCCCUACCAGGAUUUGGCCAAACACAUUGUCAACACUUCAAUGGCUGAUGUAAUGGCUGCAUGUUCAGAUAAUCUCCACAACCUCUUCAGCCGCCAGGCAACAGCUGGCUGGAACUAUCAGGGUGAGGAACAGGAGGUGCAGCUUUACUACAAGGAAUUCUCUUCUACUCGACACGGCUUCUUGGGUGCAGGUGUGGUGCUCCAGCCACUCUCUCAUGUGUGGGCAGCUGUGAGUGAUCCCACUCUGUGGCCUCUGUAUCACAAGCCCAUCCAGACAGCAAGGCUGCAUCAGCGAGUGUCCAAUAGUAUCAGCCUUGUGUACUUGGUGUGCGACACCACACUGUGUUCACUGAAGCAGCUGCGGGAUUUCUGCUGUGUCUGCGUGGAAGCUAAAGAGGGGCACCUGUCAAUCAUGGCAGCUCAGUCUGUGUAUGACACAUCCAUGCCAAGACCCAGCAGAAAAAUGGUUCGAGGAGAGAUCCUGCCCAGUGCCUGGGUCCUGCAGCCUGUCAUCACGGAGGGGAAAGAAAUAACUAGAGUCAUCUUCCUUGCCCAGGUGACACAGCACCCAUCCUGUUUCAUGGCAUACCUUGGGAUAUUUCUCUUCAGUUGCAUAGAAUCCCCCAGUUGCCAGGACAUCCUGGCUAGAGUAGGCUCACAGCAAGGGGGAUCAAAGAGGGGAACGAGCAAGUUUAUAGUCUGUGAAGCUCCCAGCACUAGAGACUGACUGACUUAAUAUCUUAUGGAAGUAGAUGGACUGUUGAGUUGAAAGCAGCAGCAGAGCAGAAUCCUAACUUACCAUUCUCCACUCUCAGGCAACUCUACCUUCAUCGUUGGGGAGGGGAAGGCUAGUACUUAGAUCCAAACUCAGGAGCCCAAGUGCAUCUCCAGUCACCACUGCCAGAGUGGCUGAUCUAGGUCUGUCUGCACCUUCACUUCUUCCUUCUCCUUCCAGGUGGAGCUGGGUGCACCAGGCUUCCCUCCUCAUCUUCUGAACUCCUUUAUCAAACAGCAACCGCUGGUUGUGGCCAAGCUGGCAUCCUUCCUUGGUAGUUAGUAUUGGGCCGUGGAAACAGCAUUGCUGAGAUGUAGGCCCAGGACACUUGAGAACUCUAUAGCUGCUUCUACACUCUGAGGCAAGAAGAGCCCAGGCUGCCCAUGGUAGCCAGGUAUAGAUGGCACCAGCCCAGUGCUGCCAACAAAACCAGUACUUAGUACUUGGUUACCUCUGAAGAGUGAGCAACUUGAAUCUCCUGGCCCUGGCUAUCCAACGAAACUCAACUCACAUUUAGGAUUUCUCACCUUCACUUUCUGCCUCUGGGACUCAAUGACAUACCAAAUGUUCAAAGACUGGAAAGAGCAGAGCUGGGGACUGCAGUGCCUCCUUGGUAGACAAGCACUAGCCAAGGGUAUUUUGAAUCUAUCUCCAACAUUCAGCUCCAUUCUGUGAUGGAGUGACAGAAAUGAUCAAACCAGUUUAAAGAAUCAACUGCACAAACCAGACUCUUGAUUCAGAAUUGUUUUCUAUCACUGAAUGUUUAUGAACUUUACUAUUCAUAUUUACACAUACACACAUAUAUACACACACCCCAUUUACUAGGUCAUUGUGUGUCAUUGGUAUGGUCAGUUUACCUUGAUCUCAGUACAAUGGGAGACCACUGGAGAAACAGACAAGAUAUGGGACCUGAAGACACUGCAGUAAUGGGUAGGGGCAGCUCCAUGCUGCUUGCUGACAUGGUAAGAGGAUUUCAACCAGAUUGUCUUGGAGAGAAUUAAAUUCUGGUAGGCCUUGACUUUGUCCAACACUUAUGCUGGAAUUAUGAGCCACCACACCUGGACCUACUUCUUUUUAUAUAAAUCCAUUGACUGAGUAGGUAUGGUGGCAUAUGCCUAAAGCAUACUGGUAGUAGAAGCAGGAGGACCAGAAGUUCAAGAUCACCCUCAGGUAGCUAGCCUGGGAUACAUGAGAUCCUGUCUCAAGCACCAAAAAUAACUAUUGACCAAUAGUUAAGUACUGAGCUUAACUGUUCUAAUAAUAGGAUAGAACUUGUAUCUUGGCCUGGUGGAAUCCUCUGAAGAUUUUUCCAUGUUAAUCUGGAAAUGGUAGGGAUAAGAAAUUCUCUUUAAUCCCAGCAGUGGCAGGUGAAUCUGUCUACAGAGCUAGUUUCAGGACAGCUAUGAGUACACAAAGAAACCCUGUCUUGGAGAAAAAAAAAUUAUUUCUGCUACUUCAACUUUGUGAUUGAAAAAGAUACUCUCAUGGAGACAGAAGAAUGGUUAAAGAGUAAAUUCUUUACAAGAUUUUUCUAAUCCCUUAGAGUAUUUAUAUAUUACCAAUUGAAUGUUUGAAAAUGUGCUUUUGAAUUUAUCUUUAUGGUUAAUAUUUUUGCAACAGUUGAUAAUAUGCCUACUGAUUUCCUUUCCCUUCCCCCUUGCUUUUUUUUGAGUCAGGAUUUCACUGUAUAUGUAGCCCUACCCUUCCAAGUCCUAAAGACAACAAGUCAAGUCA